AUGUCUUUGAAGGCUUCAAGGCUGAUGGCAUCAGGAGUCAGUCAUAAGGUUGUGGAGUCUGACCUUCGCGGCGCUGGUGCCGCGCCGCCCCAUCAUGGCAGCAAGGAAAUGGGUCUUUCGUCCCUCGACAUGGACGAUGACGACGACGACGACGACGACGAUGAGGAAGGUCGGAAUCCUCGGCAGGUUUACGCGUGCAAGCCCGGGGACCCUUACCCUGGGGGGCAGCUGCCCCGCAUUAGUCUGGGCCGUUGCUGUGGGGCAUUUACGGCACGCUCCGAUGGCGACCGAUUACGCCAUUUUUAG